AUGGCGACGCCCGACGACGUCGGGGGCCUAGUUUCUGGCGCUCACGUGCCCCUCGAGAUAGACGACGAUUCUCAGUCGACCAGCUCCCAAUCCACUAGCCAGAUCCAUGACUUGAGCCAACAUCUUCAGAUAGGUGGAAACAAUUGUCCAUGGCGAACGGAGCGCUAUUUUGACCAAGAAUGCUCUCGCUACUUCGACUGCCCCUCUCAUAUAGUUGAGCGUGCUCUUUCUGAUACGGACGACGAACGAGGCGGACAGGCACACCAAGAGGAAGGAUCGGAAUCGGAAGAGGAGGAAUCGGAUGUGGCUGAAGGUGAAGGUGAUGCCGAGCCAGGAAGUGUCUCACCGUUGAGUGAAGACGACAGCGACCGCAGUGCCCGGUCUCUAUCCCCCGAGGCGGCCCCCGAGACGACCAAUGUCUCCGAAGGCCAAGGGCCAUCUGGUCCUCCGACUCGAGAGCAACAAAGGGUACCCGUCAGCGCGAACGAGUUCACGUCCGGAGGUAAUUACCGAGCCCAACAAGAAUCGGAGCGACCGGCUGCAAGCCAAAGCAGUGGUUGGGAGAGCCUUGGUGCCGCGUCGUCAACUUCCAGUCUCGGAAUAAGGACCAUGGCAGAUCUCCCAAGCCGCCCCUCUGUCGACACGUCGACUGGCAGCUUCGGCUCCGUCGUGAGUCCCUCUGAACCUUCUCGAGGACUCCCGACGCCAACACAGCAUGCCCGCUCCGAACUCCAGUUGCCAAGGUGGCAGCCGGACUCUGAGCAGACAUACUGCCCGAUAUGUGGCACCCAGUUCAGCUUUUUUGUUCGGAAACACCAUUGCCGCAAGUGUGGUCGUGUGGUCUGUAACUCAUGCUCACCUCAUCGCAUCACGAUACCUCAUCAAUACAUUGUCCGGCCGCCUCAUGCGCCCCGGCCGGCACCUCACGGCCCACCGCUUUCUCUCUUGGACAGUCAAGGAUGGUAUCCCGAGUUUAGCGGCGGAGAAAAAGUCAGGCUAUGCAAUCCUUGUGUCCCUGAUCCCAACGUCGCACCGCCGCAUGACCAGGGACGCCAACCGAGGUCACGAACUGAACUGAAUUCGCCCGGACGGGUUGAGAUUUCGCCUUCUGAUAGGCUGGGCUUUUAUCUCGGUGUUGGGAGCUCGUCUGAUGCUCAUACGAGGACUCGGAGCGUGACUCUGCAACCGGGACUGUCCUCCUCUCGACCACAUAUCCCACCACCCCCUCGCAGCAACGAGGCCCGCAUCCUCUGGGGCACACCACCAGGCUACUACCGGCCCACCUCCUCAUCCCAGCCCACAUCUCACCACUACCCGGGGACCAUAGCCUCACGCUACCGAUCCGCCUUCGACGUCAGCGACCGACCCGGCCCGUCAUCGUCCGCCAUCGGACGACCAUCCGGCUCCUCUAGCGCGUCCCGUCAUUUCCACUCUCCCGUGCCCCCGCGCCCGCAAAUCGCCGAAGAAGACGAGUGCCCCGUCUGCCAUCGCGAGCUCCCGCCGCGCACCCUACCCAAUUUCGAAUCCCUCCGCGAAGCCCACAUCACCAGCUGCAUCACCUCCCACAGCCGAUACGGCGGGCCCUCCACCACACCACCUACCGGCGCCGGCGGUGCUGGUGCCAACGAUGACAACCCAGAUGCCCUGCCCGACGGCCCACCGCCUCCACCGCCCCGUCGGACGGGCAUGUUUCCGUACGCGGCGACGGAGAAGGACUGCGUAGACUCGGCUGAGUGCUCGAUUUGUCUUGAAGAGUUUGAGGUGGGUGUGCUGAUGGCGCGGCUUGAGUGUCUGUGUCGGUUCCAUCGGCGGUGUAUCAAUGCCUGGUGGGAGAGACAUCCGGGGAGGUGUCCGAUGCAUCAGCAUGAUGGGUUUGGGUAUUAA